CAUCAUUCAUUCAUGCGAAUGCUUCCUACAGAGAGAGAGAAUUAAUUAAUUAAUUAAAGAAAAUAAAAGAAGCCAUUGAUACAAAAAUGAAGGAAUUCUGGACCUCUUUGGCAUCGAUGAUGGGAGUUUGGGCUUUCUGUCAAAGUCUCCUUCACACUGUUCUUCCACCGGAGCUCCGUUUUGCUAUAGCAAAGCUCUUCAAUCGUCUCUUCAACUGGUGUUCAUCCUACUGCUUUUACGACAUCACAGAAAUCGACGGCGUCAACACAAACGAACUCUACAACGCAGCUCAACUCUACCUAAGCACAUCCGCCGCUUCAACCACCGCCUCAUCAACAGGCACCAGUCGACUCAGUCUAACUCGCGCCGUUAACUCAUCCGCAGUCACCUUCGGCCUCGCCAACAACGACCGACUCGUCGACGUCUUCAGAGGUGUACCCGUCCUUUGGGAACACGUCGUCACUCAGCGUCAAUCGCAAACGCUCUCCUGGCGACCGCUUCCCGAUGAGAAACGCGGAUUCACUCUCAGGAUUCGGAAAAGAGAGAAAUGUCUCAUUCUCGAACCUUACCUCGAUCAUAUCAUGGAUAAGGCGAAUGAAAUCAGAAGGAAGAAUCAGGAUCGGUUUCUUUACACAAACUCCCGCGGCGGAUCUCUCGAUUCUAGAGGACAUCCUUGGGAAUCUGUGCCGUUUAAGCAUCCGAGCACAUUUGAUACCCUAGCUAUGGAUCCAAAAUUAAAACAGCAAAUCAUGGCGGAUCUGAAGGAUUUCGCUAACGGACAGUCUUUUUAUCAGAAAACAGGUAGGGCGUGGAAGAGAGGUUACCUAUUAUACGGUCCUCCAGGAACUGGUAAGUCGAGUAUGAUUGCCGCCAUGGCUAAUUUCCUCGGCUACGAUAUCUACGACCUGGAAUUAACAGAGGUGCAUAACAAUUCCGAGUUGAGGAAGUUACUCAUGAAGACGAGCUCCAAAUCGAUUAUAGUCAUCGAGGAUAUCGAUUGCUCGAUCAAUCUCACUCAUCGUAAGAAGAAGAUCGGCGGUGGCGGUGGCGGUGGAGGACGUGAGCAAUACGACGGACCUCCGCCGGAGUUACGAGGCGGUUUCCCCGGUGCAGAUGAAGGUGGAAACUCGAUUACUCUAUCCGGACUGUUAAACUUCACAGACGGACUCUGGUCGUGCUGUGGAAGCGAGAGGAUAUUCGUAUUCACGACGAAUCAUAUCGAGAAACUAGAUCCGGCAUUGUUGAGGAGUGGAAGAAUGGAUAUGCAUAUAUUCAUGUCUUACUGUUCGUUUCCUUCGUUGAAGAUAUUACUGAAGAACUAUCUGGAUUACGGAGAUGGAGAUUUGGCGGAGAAUGUGGAGAAGCAAUUGGAGGAUGUGAUUGAUAAGGCGGAGAUGACGCCGGCGGAUGUGAGUGAGGUAUUGAUAAAGAAUCGACGGGAUAGAGUUAAGGCGGUUGCGGAACUGAUGGAGGUUUUGAAAGGGAGAUCGGAGAAGAACAGGGGAAAAGAUGGAAUAAGGAGAGAGGAAGAGGAACAAGAGAAGAGAGCUUUGGAUAGUGUGAUUGAUCUGAACUCUGAUGAAAUUGAUGAUCAGUUACGAUCAGAGAUUUGCAAGAAAGGUGCUGCUGGUGAAGAAGAUGAUGAUGAAAGUGACAAGCCUAACUGAUUUUAUUUGUAUAAUUGGAGAAGAGUUCAUGUUUUUAUUUGUAUUUUGGAAAUGGUUUAUUUAAACAGGAAGGAAAUAUGGAUAAUUUUUUAUCCUUUCUCAAGUUC